GGUAAAGGGCUAUGCUAAAUUUCAGAUCAUUCCACAAUUCUUAACCAGGAAAAAAAUAUGAAUAUCUUCAUUUCUAGGUGUUGAAAGAGAUUUCUGUCAGUGGUGUAAUGUGUCCCGCCCACAUAGUCAUACUGAUAUAAAUACCUGAAGGUAGAGUCAGUGAGUGUGCUUUGGUCAGAGGUGGACAGUCUGUUGACUGACCUCAUUGUCCACGGGAAAGAUGCUGGACCAGAUAGUGCUGUUAGCAGCGGUCACAGUGCUGGGGCUGCUGGAACAAGCGUACUUCUCUCUGCAGGUGAUCUACGCUCGGAGAAAGUAUGCGGUCUCUCCUCCUGCCACUUCUGGACCACCGGAGUUUGAGAGAAUCUUUCGAGCCCAAGCAAACUGUUCCGAAUAUUUCCCCAUAUUCGUCUUUUCGCUUUGGUUGGCUGGAGUUUUCUUUAGUCAAGUUUUGGCAGUGAUCUUUGGGCUCCUGUACCUUUAUGGUCGCUUUCGGUACUUCCAUGGCUAUGCAGAGUCUUCUAAGGGCAGACUGGAGCCGCUGUACUUCAGUGCAAAGAUGCAGUGGGUGCUGAUCGCUCUUGCUGGACUGGGGAUUAUCUGCACUUUGACGCAGGUUUAUCUGGGAUUGGACCUGCUGCAUACCUUUAGUCAUGUUCUGGGCCUGACUGAACAAACAUGAAGGGCUAGUUGUCAUCAGGAAACUGUUAACAGGAUAACUUUAAGUGUGUAGUUUCUGCACUACCGGUGCUACUAGAAAAAUUAAGCAUAGAUUAUAAAAUUAUGCAUAUUCUUUUUAAUAUUUUAUUAGUUUGUAAGAGGCUUUGUAGUAAAAUGUUGACAAGUAUGGCAAAAGCUUAAAGAGAUAGUUCACCCAAAAUGAAAAUUUACUUACAAUUGACUCUCCAUCAAGUGUAUCUAACCCUAGUAGCAAAGAAUUCUGACCCAGAUUUGGCAUAAAGCUGGCAUAGCAGCAAUUCAUCCGGCACUGGCAUACAGCAUGUGGGCCAAACAUGGCCCGGGUUUGGCAGAGGUGGCACCAUCUUUAAGGCGGCACAAAAGAUUUGGCCCAGAUUUUAAAAAUUCAUAUGUGGGCCAUGUGAGUUUGGCCAGUCUUGACCCACAUUUAAAAUACACUAAAAUAAUUUUUGAGUAAAGAAAAUAUUCUACCAAUCAGGUCACUUUGAGAAAAAGCAUGCCCAUAGUGUGCCUAAAGCGCAGCGCUUCAUGGGUUUAUCAAUUUCAUUGCAAUUGUGACACACCAACCUAUCUGGCCCAGUUCAGGCCCAGUGAUGAGUUAUUAACUUUUCUAAACUUGACCCAGAUAUGGUCUGUGUUUGGCCCUUGUCUGGAAGCCAAAUUUGGUCCAGUCAUGUUCCAUAAUUCACUGCGGCAUGUGGGCCAAGCAAAACCUGAUUGUGUG